AUGGAAGAUAGUAAUAUCAUAAAGAUUCAAGCAUUAAUUAAAGGAUUUUAUAUUCGUAAGAAGUAUAAUUUAAAAGAACUUUAUACUCAAAAAGAGAUUGUUAAAGAAGCAGUUGAAACAGAAGAAUCAUUAUUAAAAAAAAUGAAAACUAUGAAAGAUAUAUAUCAACCCCCUUUAAAACAAGUUAAUAUUGAUGAAACAUUAUAUAAAGUCCAUUUAAUAUUUGAAUAUCUUGAUGCAUGUAUUGAAUCAAGUCAACAAAUUGUAAAAUAUGGAAAACAAUUUAUUGAAAAUUAUAAAAUAGAUACACAACCAUCACAAUUUUUUUCAUUUGUUACAUUUCAUUUAUGGGCAUAUGGAGAAUAUACUAUUAAUUAUAAUAUUACUAAAACAAUGUUAAAUGAAUUAACAAAAAAUAUUAUUUAUCAACGGUUAUUAAGUAUUAUUGAUUCUAAACAACCACAUGGAUGGGUAAUAAGUGAUCUUAUUAUUGAACCAAUGCAAAGAACUCCAAGAUAUCCAUUAUUAUUAAAUACAUUAAUAAAAGUAACUAAUGAAAAUAGUAAUGAUUAUCAAUCAUUAUUAACUGUUAAAAAAGAUUAUGAUUAUUUUACUGCUUUAGUUAAUGAAAAAACAACAAUGAGAGAUAAUUUAAGAAUUCUUGCUGAAGAUAUGGAUUUUCCUCAAAUUAUUAUACCAAGAAGAUAUUAUAUUGGUGGUGAUAAUUAUUUGGUUUGCUGUAUCAAAAGGUUCAAAAAUUGGUAA